UGCUGAAAAUGGGAGAUAUUGAGAAGGGCAAGAAGAUCUUUGUCCAGAAAUGUUCCCAGUGCCAUACAGUUGAAAAGGGAGGCAAGCACAAGACUGGACCCAACCUGAAUGGCCUAUUUGGACGCAAGACCGGACAAGCUGAGGGCUUCUCUUAUACAGAUGCCAAUAAGAAUAAAGGUAUCACCUGGUGUGAAGAAACUCUGAUGGAGUAUUUGGAAAAUCCAAAGAAGUAUAUCCCAGGAACAAAGAUGAUUUUUGCGGGUAUUAAGAAGAAGUCUGAGAGAGCAGACUUAAUAGCAUACCUCAAAGAUGCCACUUCAAAGUAAAAGUUAUCUGCUGCCUUAUUUAUUUCAUAAAGGAGAUGGCAAUGGAAAAGUCUGUGAUGAUAUUGGUUUUUAAACUUUCUAUUUUUACAUGUACUGUGUCUAACCUUAAGAGCUGUCUCGCCCAUCAGAUAAUGUUGCUCACGAUGGGUCACUGGAGUACACACUUGUUUGGCAGCCAUUAACUUAGUGGAAACUAUGUAAUUGGGUUGAUUUAAAUUAGUAUAAUGUUCAGUCAUUCUUGCUCACAGAAUUAAAAAUAUAAAUAAA